GGAGUUUUUUUCAGAAACUUAAUUUUAUUGUAAUUGGGAAGGAGUCUCCAUUAUAUAAUUGAGAAAAUCUCUCUUUCCAUCAUUGUUGUAAAUAAGAAAAUUUUGUCCUAUAAUUUUUUUUUAACAAACACUGUAAAUACUCUGUAAGAAAAAGUUUCUCAAUUUCUCCUCUUUACAAAUUUUAAUGUUGAUUUUCAUGCUGUUUCAUGCCAACCACAUGGAACAACCAAGAAGUUUAUUUGUUAAAAAAUUUAGCCUCUGUUUUGCAACAGUUUUCAAGUAACUUUUUAUUUGUUAAAAACUUUAACCUGUUUGGAACUUUGGAAUUUGACAGAAUUUAAUAAAUUUUACAUUCAAAAAUAUAAUUUGAUAUGUUUAAAGUGAAUUGAAGUUAAAGUACCAGAUUUAAAUUCAUUCAUUUAAAAUUCCUUUGUAAUUCUUUGUUAAACCAAACAAAAUAAUUUUUUUUCUGCUCUUUUCUUUUGUCUCCCAGAUCUCACACGUUUCAGAUUGAAAGACCAGCAGUGACUCUGAUGAAGAUUGAGAUCCUCCUUGUUUAAGCACUUAUCAAAAAGACAACCGCCCCAAUUCGAGAGAGAGAUGGAAGACAAGAUUCAACAUUUCAUCCAUGAGCAUCCAUUGUUACUCAAGCAGGUGGACCCUGGCGAGUGCUUGGUAUGCCGGAAUGAAAUCCCUAUUGGAACUAGUGCGUAUUCGUGUCGUGAACACUUUUGCUUUCCAAGUUACAAUAUCCACAUACCAUGCGCCAAAUUGCAACAAGAGAUGGUACACUCCUUUCACCCAAAACACUCCAUCACCUUCCAAAUGACGCUCCCAAAUGCUGCAUCAUCGUCUGUUGUUCAUUCAAGUGCAAUGCCUGUGGGCCGAUCCCUCGCUCCUCUAAUUACUUCCACUGUUACGACUGUGGCUUUAACCUGGACCCUUGUUGUGCUUCACUAAAGCCUACCAAACCAAGAAAUGUCCAAGACCGUCAAAUUCAAACUCAAAUUCAAAGUCUACUUCGCCACCCACAUCCAUUGAUUAUCUGCGAGAACAAAACGAUUUUCAAUUUUCCCUGUUCUGCCUGCAGGCAACCCAUCAAUGGAAAUUGGAUCUGUGUUUGCCUAGAGUGCAACUGCUUGCUGGAUGAAUCAUGCGCCCAAUGGCCUUCCCAGAUCGAUCAUCCUCUGCAUCCACAACACCCGCUCACCCUGCUCGUCCACCACCAUUUUGAUUCUGCUUCUAAUCGGUGCAGCGCUUGUGGGAAGGUGCUGGUGGGCUUUACCUUCCACUGUUCUCACUGUAAUUUUAGCCUCGACCCAUGUUGCGCUUCGUUGAUACCAUUGCCGUUUAGCCAAAAUUCUCAAGUUCAGCUCCAAUUCCAGAUUCAACAGUUAAGCCACCCCCAUCCUUUGAUUCCUUGUGAGAUGAUGAAAAAGGGUUAUACUAUAACUUGCGAUGCUUGCCAGGUUCACUUUGAGAAGGAUUCUUCUGUCGUCUAUCUCUGCCUUGAAUGCAAGUUUUUGCUGCACAAAUCUUGUGCAGAUUUGCCCCUUAAGGUAAAACACUCCUUUUGCCACCAACAACACGCACUCACACUAAUCGAGUAUUCAAUUCGUCAGUUGGAGGAUCCUUUUGUAAAGGAGAAGCCAUAUAUCAGGCCAAUAAGUAGUGGGAAGGCAAAUGACUUCAAAGGUGAACUCAAGUGCCAUGCUUGUACUAAUUAUGCUUCAGGUUUCGCCUAUGUUUGUUGCAACCCCAAGUGUGGAAUCUUCUUUGACAUUAGAUGCCCAGUUUCCAAACCCUGGUUCAUCAAGUCUGAAAUUCACCAGCACCCCAUUCCUUUUUUCAAUGACAGACCGUCCUGGUUGUAUUGCACCGUUUGCAAUAGGAUGAUAAACAUCACCCCUUUCUUCCGAUGUGUGCAGUGCGAAUUCAAUCUUCAUCCCUAUUGUGUUCCAAAAUUGCCACCAACUGCCAAAGAUAAAAUUCAUAGGCAUCCCCUCACUCUCACCGAAUCUCCCAUCAGAGACUAUCCGGAUGAAGAUGUAUACUCAGAGUUCUACUGCGAUGCUUGUGAGGAAAUGAGGUACCUAGAUGAACCUAAUUAUUAUUGUGAAGAAUGCCACUACGUUGCUCAUGUUCAUUGCCUUCUCCCUGAGGUAUUCCCUAUGCUUGAGCUUACAAAUUUGGGGAGACAAAAUUGGACAUGUCCUCUAGUACGGCUUUGAUGAUAGAAGAUAUGGUGGAGGAAGAAGAGGGAGUUGAUGGACAGGAGAGUCAUGCAGGUGCUGAUCAAGUUGACAUGGGAACUAGUUCGUCUGGAAAGGGUUUUCCAAGUGUUUCCAUGGACGAUGAGAUUACGGCAAGAGGGGUUUCUUCGAUGGUAGCAAGCAAAAAAAUGGAAGGGCCAAGAGUUGAUGGAGAUUCUUUUCUUAUUAAACCAGAUAAAGAGAUUGUUGAGCUUCGUUCAAAGGCAGAGUGGCUAGCCAAAAACUAAAGGCAACAAAGAGAAUAAUAAAACAAGUAGAGGAGAGGAGUGCUGGGCUUGUUGCGUCUCCAUCGCCCAAUUAUGAGGAUAGUGAGUGACAACAAUGUUUAGGCUAUGUUCGAUUCAUGAAUUUAGAAAAUGAUUUAAAAAGAGAAAAAGAGAGAAAAUAUGUGUAAAACGUAAGUAAAACAUAAUCGCAUUUCAUUUUUAUUUCCAGCAA